AUGCAAUGUCGCUCCUUACCGGAGAGGAUGUCUACUAAACUAAGGAUAUGCUGGGCAGGAAGUGUGUAUGAGACCGGAUGGCGAUGGUCAGCUGACCCUCAGUGGACGUCGGAGCCUAUACGAUUCAAGUGGCAUUAUAAACCGAGUCCUAAUAACAAUAGAGGGAUCGCUGGCAAGUUUGUUAAAGUGGAUGUCAUCCAGAAGCUUCCAGAUGGAAGUGAAUGUUGUCGUGGGGCUGUUAAAGUAUCGAUGCUUACGAUUGCCACUGGUCCAAUGCAUCACGAUAUUGGAUUGGAGCCCCCUCUAUCUGAAGAAGAUGAUGAUGGUCAUGAUCAUCUACAUCAUCAUCAACACAAUACUGAUGUACAGCAUGCUGAGUGGCCUAAGGGGAUGACUCCUAAGGCUAAGUUGGCCGAAUCUGGCGUCGGUUCGAGCCGUCUGGUAAUGAGUAUCAAGAUGGCACAACAAGGGAAGAUAUACUUGCAGACUCAGGAGGCCUCUAUCGACUUUGGAAGUGGACAUGAGGCUCAUUCAGAAGUAGCACCUCCGCCAUAUGUUGAUGAUUCUGCGAUGGGUAAGCUGAAGGUCCCCGGUUCGAAUCCCACAACAGGCAUUGCUAUUCAGGUCCCUCAUUCGUUGCUUCUAGUGAGCUUGUAG